AUGGGUGGUGAAGUAAAUGGAAAAGAUCCUUACCAGCGCACUAUAGCCUCCGUCUCUGAGCUCGCCUGCAUCUACUCGGCCCUCAUCCUUCACGACGAUGAGGUGACAGUCACGGAGGAUAAAAUCAAUGCCCUCAUUAAGGCAGCCGGUGUCAACGUUGAACCUUUCUGCCCUGGGCUGUUUGGAAAGACCCUGGCAAAUGUCAACAUUGGGAGCCUCAUCUGCAAUGUGGGUGCUGGUGGACCUGCCCCAGCGGCCGGGCCUGCACCAGCUGGAGGACUUGCCCCCCUAACUGCUGCUGCUCCAGUUGAGGAGAAGAAAGUGGAAGCAAAGAAAGAAGAAUCUGAAGAGUCUGAUGAUGACAUGGGAUUUGGUCUUUUUGACUACUCCUUUUGUAACGUUCAAUAA